UAUCAUAACUAAACGUAACUAAACGAAAAUUUUGAAAAAAAAAAAUUUAGUUAAAAAACAAAACAAGAAGUUUAUCAAGAAUUAUAACAAGAAAUAACAACAAAUAUAAUGUAUAACCCAACGAGCAACAAGAGAGCAGACUUCAGAGAUAUGGCUGUUAACGUAUACUCCACAAAUGUGACGUCAGAGAAUCUGUCCCGUCACGAUAUGCUGGCCUGGGUGAACGAUUGCCUGCAAUCGCAAUUCUCCAAAAUUGAGGAACUUUGCACGGGCGCCGCUUACUGUCAGUUCAUGGACAUGUUGUUCCCAAAUUCAGUGCCCGUCAAGCGUGUCAAAUUCCGCACAAAUCUGGAGCAUGAAUACAUACAGAACUUCAAGAUCUUACAGGCGGGCUUUAAAAAGAUGUCGGUCGAUAAGAUAAUACCAGUUGAUAAGCUUAUUAAGGGACGUUUCCAAGACAAUUUUGAAUUCCUGCAAUGGUUCAAGAAGUUUUUCGAUGCCAAUUAUGAUGGACGUGAAUAUGAUCCAUUGGCGCAACGUAACGGCAUCAAGCUGGGCAACGGAGGCAGCCAUACGGGCAGCGGUGUGGGCAGCAGCAGCACCGAGCUGCAUACGAUGCACCGCCGGCCACAGCAGCAGCAGCAACAGGGGCAUCAUCAUCAGCAGCAGCCGCUACACCACCACCACCAGUCGGCGGUGAAUAAUGGUCGCACUGCAGCAAUACGCAACCAAACUGGUAUGGGCUCCAUGAAGAACAUUGCGGAAGAAUAUGAGAUUGUUAAUGAUGUUAAAAAAGAAGCUGGUGACGGUGAUAGUCGCUCAGUCUCUAAGGUGCCCCCGCGCACGAACAAUGCGACACCACCGAAUAGAAUGACGGUCGGCACCACGGGAGCCGUAAAGAAGAAUGAUUCGGCUGGUGCGCAAUCGAAUCAUCAGAUUGAAGAACUGUCCAGUCAGGUUCGUCCACAGGUAGAGGUUAUGGAUAUGCGUUUAAAUCUGGAGGGUCUGGAAAAGGAGCGUGACUUCUACUUCUCAAAGCUGCGCGACAUUGAAAUACUUUGCCAGGAAGCCGAUGAGGCAGAACCAGCUCAGUUAGUUCAAAAGAUAUUGGACAUACUCUAUGCAACUGAGGAUGGCUUUGCGCCACCAGACGAUGCACCACCAGAGGACGAAGAGUACUAAAGUAUAUAGUCAACAGCCCACGAUUAAUUGUUUGCUGCAUACAUAUAUCAAAACCGAACGGAUUACUUUUAAGUCAAAUUGCUGCGCUAAACUCUUAAACUGAAACUAAAUUCAAAAACAACAACAACUAUAACAACAGAUGGAACCAAUUAACCAACGAGAAACAAUUCAAAACAAAGGAACUCCAAUACACUCACACACACAAACAACAUAGGAACAACACACUAAAUAGAAAUGUAUUGUAUAACAAAUAAUACGCAUGGAUAUAUAUAUAGAUACAUUACACAUGUACAUUAGCUAUUAAUAAUUCAUGCAAAACAAUUUGACCUAGUAAUUAUGUAACUUAAACAUUUACUAAAUGGCGAUAAGCAGCUUCCGAUUGAACAUGAAUUAUAAAAUAUAUAACGCGUUAAAACUGCUCAAUUUUGUUUAAGACAAAGCUGUGUUAUGUUGCCAAGCAUGCAAUAACAGAACAUUUUGAAGAAAUAACUAAACAAAUUCAUGAUCAGUCGGCUGCUGCUGUUGCUAUUUAGUAAAUUGAGCAUAAGCAUAUUGCAUCUAAAUUGUUCGUUGUAGGUACCAAAAAGAAAAAAACACUAAACAGACAGACACAGAAACAAAAAAUAAACAAAAGCGUAGCAAGGAGUAACUGGCAAGAAGAAAUCGAUGUAAAACACGAAAUUGUUAAACAAAAUA